AUGGAGAGCCUCAGUCAGCAGCAGCCGCAGCCUCAGAGCUGGAGAGCAAGACUUCCCAGGGAGCUAGCUGUGCACAGCACAAACACCUGUUCUCAGCCAGCCCACCUUCCAGCAACCAUCACCACUGGAUUACCUGCCCUGCACCUGAAAAGUUUCCCAGCAUCCCCCCCUGCUCCCUGGCUGCCCCCCAGCCCUGUCAUUUCAUCCCCCCUCUUGCAGGAUUCCAUGCUGAUCUAUGCAGUCUGUUAUAGGGAGUCAAAACAGCGCAUGUGUUGGGGAAUCAGGAUCCAUACAUUCUGACGUAGUCUGUGCAUCUUAAAACAAAAUCCACACACCGCCUGGGUAUUUAAGUUGCUAUGAGCACUGGGAAUCUUAAAGCAAAUGGAGCAAGUACGGAUUUUUGCCCUGCCUGCCAUUGGAUGGGCUGAAGACCUCAUUGCCUGCUGAGAUCUAUCUAGGGGAGGGGGGUGGUAGGUGCCUUGAUAAAUAUGUCCAUGUGUGCGAGAAAAAGUGUUGCCUUCUUAGACUAACAGAGGUUUGACCUUGAGCUUGCAGCACUCCGAGCAGAAUAUUUUAGUUUUUUUUUUUUUUUAUAUUUUUAUUAUUAUUAUUGAUGCACUGAAUGGAUUGAAGAGAGGACAUCCCCACCCCUCCCCCUCCCCUUUUUUUUCCCAAGGGGAUACAAUAUCUACAUAUACAUUUUUUUUUCUUUUUUCUAAAGAUCUGUUUUAAUACCUGAUCAUUUCCCUGGGUCUAGCACCAUCCUAAUUUCCCUCUGUUUACCAGGAAAGGCAGAGAGAUUUGAUGGCUCCCCUGGGUGAAGUUGGGAACUAUUUUGGUGUGCAGGAUGCAGUGUCUUUUGGGAAUGUACCCGUAUUGCCUGUGGAUACCCCUGUGCUGUUAAGUGACCACCUGGGUCAGUCUGAAGUAGCAGGGCUGCCCAGGGGAUCUGCAGUCACUGACUUGGAACACUUAAAGGGGAUCCACAGAAGAAGACAGCUCUAUUGCAGGACUGGCUUUCACUUAGAAAUAUUUCCCAAUGGUACUAUCCAAGGGACAAGACAAGACUACAACAGAUUUGGUAGGUAUCCUCAUACCACUGCCAUUCAGCAUUGGGAAUAUAAAAAGUACAUGUUGGCUACAAAAAGGGGGAAUCUGUGAUGACCAGGUUAAAUGCAGGUAUAGUAUGAUAGUGAAGUGUGGAUUUGGGGCUCACUGCAGUAAGAAACAUUGUUGCAAAGUUUUUAUUUUGUGUGGGAUACUGAUUGUUCUGACACUGUCUGAUUAGUUUAAAAAAAAAAUUAUUUAUUUUUUUCAUUUUAUUUAUUUAUUUUUGCUAUUUCGAGGGGUGUGCAAUCUAGUAUAUGUCAGGGAUUCCUUCCUUAAUACAGCAGUCUGUUCGUAUUUUCCUUGCAGGCUGGGGUACUCCAGACGCUAUCAUUGCUCAUUUUGGGAAUAUUAUCAGUUCUAUUUUAGAUAGGUGUGAUGCAGAGUGAUAAUAUAGUAGCACAAAUGUGUGGCAUUUGCUUUCCAAAUUCCUGUGUGAUUGCACUGAAGAUCCAGGUCCCAUCUGCUGUAAGGAUGGAUAAAUGCAUAGACCAAACUAAUUUUAAAAGGCAUGCCAUUGGGGUUUUUCUGUCUAUAGGGUGCUAUUUGUGACUCAGCAUUAAGAGCUGGAGACUGAAGGGCGCACAGCUCCCCCCACCCCCCUUGAUUAAACCAUUUGUAUGCCAAAUUAUUGAGCAAUGUUCCCCCCCCCCCCAUCUAAAUCUCUGAAUCUUUAAGACUAUUAAAUGGUGAUAUGGGUCACUUUAAUAAUAAUUUGUGUAAGUUAAAAUCUAUUACAGAUCUCAGCAGAAGUUAAACUUAAUUGUGCUAAACCACAUGAGCAGAUUUAAUAUAUUUUUCUCUUUAACAUCUAAGGACCCACACCCCUAUGAUGGUUAAAAAAGAAAUAAAUUGCAAACUGAUAACACUGAAGGCUAACACUUUUUUUUUGGCGUGCCAGUUGCGGUGGAAUUAAGUUCCCAUGAUGUCAGGCAGGUAUUGGCUGGCUGUGCGUGCUGGGAGUUGCAAUCUACUAGAGAUGGCGUUUCAAUGUCAGUCACUGCAGCACAUUAUUUUAACUUUUUUCUAAAAUGCUGAGCGUAAACCUUAUAACACCUCACUCCCUCUCAUUGAGGGAAGAGCUUCUUUGCAAUAAUACGUAGGUGCGUGCAUCCCAAUAUUCCUACUAAGUAAUUAAAAGGUUUGUAAUUAAGUUUUCACUUCCUCUUGUAAAAAGUCCCAGCCCGCUACAUCAGAGAGACCUCACCAACAGUUUAUCUUCUGGUAUAACAAAGAUUCUGAGAAAUAUUGAUUGCAAUUAGUUAGAUAUGGAACACAGCUGUAGCUUUUUAAAGGGAUAACAUUCUUGCACUUUGCGUUGGAUAAAUUGCAGGGUUAUUGUAUCACUGAUGGGACUGGGCAGGGCUUUUAUGCAACACUUUUUUUUUUUCUAAAAAUCAUUAUUGUGGACCUUAUGUAAAAGGGAAUACUUUACUGACUUUUAACCAACUCCCAGUGUUUAGUAGUUUUAUGGUAGUAAGAGGUGGGGAUGGGGGAUCUAUAUAGCUCUACCUAAAGCUGCAUUGGCUCAUCACUCCCAGCCAUACAGUGAGCAUACACCGGGGAGAGCAGGACCUGCAAUGUGCCUUAUCAUGUGCCUUGGGAUCCACGCCUCCAGCAGGUGUCUAGUGUGUGUCUACGGCGGCCGCGCUGUGCCCUGCCUUCCAGCUACCGCCGGAGGCGGGGUGGUCCUAAAGCCGGUCUCAUCACUCUGCAAGAGGCAGCUCAGCAAGAAUGUAAAAGGGGGAAUGCUUUGCACCCUACUGAAAAUGCAUUCGGCAUCUUUCUUGGGACAGUUAGACCUCGUCUGUCUGGAGAACAGAGGUUAGUAGCCAUUUCUUUCUGGCAGUAAAGUGGUUAAUGAACUAGGGAUAUAUAUAUAUGUAUAUGUAUAUGUGUGUGUGUGUGUGUGUGUGUGUGUGUGUGUGUUUUUUAUUUUUUUAUUUUAUUCUUCUUCUUGGAUGUUUGCAAGCAUCUGUCAGUAGGCAGGUUAGAGAGAUCCAUACCUUCCGGGAAGCAAUAGAGCAUUCCCUUUGGACUCUUAUUUUCCUUAACCAUUUCAGUGCCAGAAAGCACACUCCCAGGCCAGCUAAGCUUAAUUCAUCUCUGCAUGGUAUUGUGCAGUUCUUUUUCCCAAGCACCUGCACCCUGCCAAUUAGUACUCCGCGUCAAUUAAGGUGACUGGAAGGGGGGAAUGACAUGCCCUCAUUCUCCACUGCGGCAGUGAAUGCGUUAAGUGUUUAAAGGCCCAUCGCACAAUUUCCUAAUGUGUGUUGUAGUGCAGUAAAUCUUGGAAUGAUACAUAGUUAUUCACUGCAGCAGAUCAUUCCUCACAUAGAAUGUUGUAAACUUCAACAACUGCCAGUCUGAUGCAGUGAUGGCCAACCCAUGGCACUACAGUUCUUAUCAACCACGUUUCCUUGAAUGCUACUUAGUCUUUGACAUCUGGGGUUACCACAAAUUGGCUUUAAUUUGUCUAUAGCACAUUUUAACACUCCAUUCAUGUUACAGAAAUAUACCUGCCAUAGAGGCUGCCCUACAUUCAUUUGGAUUUUUAUGUCUUUGCAGCAGUGAAAUUCUUGACCUUUGUAAAUAUUGCUUAAUUUGUGUUCAAACGUGUAUGUGUAUAUACUGUAUAUUUUUUACAGUCGGGGAUGGCUAAAAGGUAGACCCACCCAGACCAUAAGUUGCAUCAAAUUAGUUGAGGUGCUGCAACAGCUGGACCACUAUCCAUUUUCUAACCCAAAAAAUAUUCACAUCUGGUUCUGAAUUUCAUGAAUGACUUCAAAUACAUAAAAAGUCAGCUGCAUAGUUUUUUUUAAAGUUUUUUUUUUAUGUAUGGGGAAACUGUAUGUUCUAGGCUGCUGGGGUUAAAAGCCUCAUAGGUAGUGGGCAAGAAGUAAAAAUAAAUAAAUAAAAAAAACCCAAUGCAAAGUGCAACAGAAAUCUUGUAAAUUUAUCAACCCCAAAACCCUACAUACUUGGUGGAUUACAAACCACAAUAUAUUCACAUUUCUGAAAUUUUAAUGACAUUUUAGUUUGCUUAAAGCAGCUUAGAUACAUAUUCCUGUAUAGUUGUCUUCUAAGAGGCUGUGAUAGAAAUUCUGAAAAUUUGAUAUUUUGUAAAGGAAUUCACUAGAGUGAAUUUUUUAUUUUAUUUUUUUUCAUGCAGUCUUUUUGUGUAUUGAGGCAUUCAGUAGAAUAUUAAAUUCAAGAACUCUUCACACAGGAGGUGUGCCUCUUGCAUCAGCAGCACAGCUGCAUGGACAGCAUUUAAAAAACCCUCAUGGCAUGCAGAAACACCCAACCUAAUCAAGGGGUCACCUCCACUGCUUAAAGCAUGGCACGGAAAAUAUCUAAUGCAGCAUUUUGGAGGAUAAAUGCCACUGCAAAGUCUGGCAUUCUGAUACUGGGCACUGCACCCCCCCUGCACAUUAGAAGUACCUCAUACUGCAUCGUAUUGCAGUAAAAUUUGGCUUAGCACGUUGGACCUUGGCACAGCUACCAUAUUGAUUUUUCUUUGCCCGCCUUCUAUAGGCUCUUACCCACCCAGCUAAAAAGUCACCUCAGCAUCAUUUUUAGCACAAAGUGGAUGUCCCUUUUUUUUUUUUUUUUUUUUUAAAAAAGCACCAAUUCUAUUUAAGCUUUGCUGCGUCCACAAAAGUCAUAAUAUUUGCAUUCGCUACCAAGUGUUUGUGUUGGAGUGUAGAGCUUUAUUAAAAAGCAAUAAAUCAUGACAGUGCAACAAGUCAACAUCUGUCUGUUUUCAUGAUGCAGGCAUUUAUUGUGGGUGCUAAUCUAUUUUGUGUAUUUAACGUGGAAUUUAUAGCCUUUUACGCAGACUUUUAUAAGAAGUUGUGGAGAAGAGUGUUUUUGUAGAGCUGGAUUAACAACAUACAGAGGUGUUAAGAGAGACAUUGGUGUGGGGCCCACACAUGUUAAAAUAGAAAUGAACAAAUUGCCAUGGCGUGUACAUGCCCUAGCCAGUGUAUUACUGCGAAAAGAUUUUUUUUUUUUUUUUCUAAGCUGGGGAAAUGCUUGAUUAAUUUAUUGUUUCCAUUAAUUAUAUACUCUAAAAAAUAAAUGGAAUAUGGCCGUUUAAUUUUUGUAGCUGAUCUGCUACAUUAACUUGAUAACGAAGACCAUAUAUUAAUUUAUAUGCAAUUAUAUUUUUAAGCUAUGUGUAUCAGAGUUCAUAUGAGGUACAUUGGCUACUGCAAGUUUUCUUUUUUUCUUUUCUUUCUUUUUUUAUUUCCUUUCUUCUCGUCUUUCACUAUACCCCUUAAGGACGCUGUAGUAUUGUAUUGUAUUGUAUUGUAUUGUAUUGUGGGUAUGGGUUGCUGCUUUGGAACUGUAAAAUGUCUGUGUGGUGGUUUGUUGCAGAUUUUGCAGUGUUUCACAAAUUCACAUUAUCACACAAUUUAAAUUUUAGAGAUUGCUAUCCUUUUGUGUAAGCAAAGAACAAUGCAGAGGUUCAAUACAAAAGUAGUGUAAUUUGAUGGUAAAUACAUGUGACUGGGAAUUGUAGUUUAAAAACAGUUGGAACUCUGGCAUUUCAACAGCUGUUUGGUCUACUUGAAAGAGGCACAGUCAUGUGUGCCUAUUUUGUAUUGGAAUCUUGUUUGGGGGGUGGGAGGGUAUUUGUGAGAUAUAUAAUAUUAUAUAAAAAACUUUAACAAUAUUAUACAAAAGGCAAACCUAAUAUAGUUUUGUUAUAGAAUGUGUACAUGAGAGGAGUGAAUGGUUUGUGCAGAAGAGCUUAUAUUUUGUCUGAGACUAGGGUGUAUUUUUACAUAAGGUAGAAUUGCAGUAUGCUAAGUUGUGGUCCAGUCAUGUCUGCUAUCUUCGUAAGAAAUAGAAAGUGAGAUGUUCUCUGUCUGUAUCUAAAUAUAAACGCCAGUAUGUAUUACGUAAGCAUAAGGCAAAGGGAAUUGCAUGGCAAAUAAUAUCAAUAUCCUCAUAAAUAAGGGAUUGCACUCCCACCUCCCGCCAUACUACUUACCAGAACACAAACGUGUGUGUGUGUGUGUGUUUUUUAAAUUUAUUUUUUUGCUCUCAUUCAUGAUUUUCAUAAAUCGCCAAGUUACAUUUUUAUUGUAUAAACUAGACUAAUGCAUGAGUGCUAUGUGUUCAGUAAUUAUUUCCUGAUAUGUACUUUGCAAUACAUGUUUGGAAAACGGAUAAUAUAUUGGACCUGUAUAUAGUGGUUAGGAGUUGGCUAAGUUGAUGUCAAGGAAUCUGAAUUCAUUUUCCAUUGGGGUUUGUGUCCUUUUUAAACUGCUUAUGCUUUCUUUUAGUGCCUAAACCAUCAAAUUAAAAAAGUAUACUCCAACUACUAUGCAUGAAAUGAAGAUUGGACAUUUUUUAUUUUUACAUAUAUAUUUGUGACGGGGGAGUAGGGGGAGGGUGGGAGACUAUUUGUGUGUGGGGUUUUUUUUUUUUUUUUUUUUCUCACAAAUAUCUGUCUAGAUUUUCCAUUGUGUUUUAAACGGGGUAGCAUUAAAGGACAGUUGUAAUAAAAUUUUCACUUCUCAUAUAUUCUAAAAGUUUAUUAUAUUUAUGAAAUGUAUUGAUGAUAAAAUGUAUAUAAUUUUUAAAAAAAAUUUUUUUUCAUGUUAACUUAAUGGCGAAUAAUGUUUGCUGCAGUAAAGUGAUUCUUUUGGAAGGCUCACAUUAAGGAAUUGCAUGUUUGAGGCCAUAAUAGUUGAAAUGGAAAAUUUCUUCCAACUUUACUUUUUUAAGCUGUGACAUUUUGUCCCUAACAUUUGCUGUUGCAUUGUAAUUACCCCUUCCUUUACGGUAUAAUUGAAUAAACCCCUUUUUUCUUAAUGUGUUGCCUUAUCACUACAUAGAUUGUGUAGGUUUUCUUUUCGGUUAGUUGCUGCACCAUAUUCAGCACUGUGUGGCCUGGCUAACCAGCUUUGUCUAAUGUGUCUGAAGAGUUUACUGUUGACUCACAGGAUGCUGUGGUGGCAAUAUUUGUUUACUAUAAUUCCCAUAAACUCUUGCUGAAUCUGCUACUUUACAUGGAUAUACUGUGGAAUCCUUGACGUAAUCAUUUCUUAAUACACUCUUACAAAAUGGGCAAGCGCCUUUCCUUUUCUAAAAGUUUUUGUGUUGGCAAAAGUUAAUACUUUCAAAUGUCUUUAAAUCCUAGAACUAUACUGUAAUACACAAUCGGGACACUUCUCAAAGUAUCACGUUCUUAAAAAUGGUGCAAAGUUUGAAAUGCGAGCUAUCACCAUGGACACCAAUCGAAUUGGCUUUUACCUGUCCAAAGGUGAAAUCCCCAGCCUUAAAUUCCUGCAGUAAUGAUACAACGAUAGACUUGAUUUAAAAACUUUAAAGGGUCUAUUCAUGGAAUCCAUACUUUGAUAAUUUUUACACUUCUUUUCCAGUGCUGUUAUUUUGGGAUAAAGAUAACUAGGUGAGAUCUGGUCUUAUAGCUGCUUUUUUUUUUUUUAAUAUAUAUAUAUUUUUUUAUUAAAUUUUUUUCUACAAUAAAUGAUCAUAAAUACACUGAGUGCGUUCUGUUCUGACAUGCACAAAAGUUGUUUGCCAGUAUCUUGGUCAGGAACUGGAAGUUAGUCAGUCUUUGCCUGAGCAUGCAAGCCACCAUUUUUUUUUUUUUUUUGUCUGCCUUUAUGUUGGCAGAAGAACCUAUCUCAUCUUAAACAAUUUAGUUUUCCAAAAUGCCGGUGCUCCUAAAAUGGCUGGUAGACUUAUAUCCACUCCGUAUACACAAUCCCAUAUACACAAUAACGGAGUGUGUGUGUAUAUAUGUAGCAACUUUUGUGGUAGAGAAGUGGGGAUUAUAUUUCCUGAGUUAUUCACUGAAAUGCCAUUUAUUAGGCCAAAAUAUUGGUUCUAAAAACAUACCAAUAUAGGGAAUGUUUUCACAUUUAGGCUAUUGUGGCCUACAAUUAGAUUUCAGACCAUUUUAUAUUUUUUAUAGUAUAAAUGCCAAUUUAUUCUGCUUUUGAACCUGCUUCGAUGAUCUUUUUAAAAUCUUAAGUUCUUAGAAUUGUACCCAUGGAAUCUUGAGUCCCUUAAUUUCCAUGGUAACUGCUCAUUGUCUUUAAAUAAUUUCCACAGAAUUGCUUGUACCGGAAUCUAAAAUCUUUGCACAAUAAGCAGAACGAUACUGUUGGAAUUUCUUCCCCUCCCAUUUUUAUAUUCCCUCUGCUACAUAGAUUAUAUGAUGGGCCCCCUUGAGUUUUAAAGCUUACCUUUUUCAGUCUAUUUUCUAUAGUCAACUAACUGAAUCUGAGCCACAGGUUCCGCCCCCACCACUUCCUGUUUUCUCCGUAGUCUUGUUUUAUGUUUCCUGUUGUCUGUCCUUUUGCUGACCUACUAUUGGUGAGUGUCUGUCUGUCAGAGCUGUGAUUGGUGCAGUUGUUUUCAGCUGUAAACUCUCCAAUUGCCGGUCUGAGAAGGACAUCAGGAAGAUGAAAAUUGGAAGUGCUGGUGAAGACCAUUGCUACUUUUCAGUCUUAUGAAAAAAUAUGGCUGCUUCCUACUUGCAUUGCUAUUGUGAUGUCUGGAUUUAAUCGAACGGGGAAAGAAAACAAAUACAUUUUAUAGUUAUUUUCUAAGUCUGCAUUAGUUCAUAGGACAGUGUUGUUCAACCUUUUUGACCCUCACAAAAUAGAGUAUUGACCAACUUCUACAGAAUGUAUUGUAUUUUCUGUUUUGUAACCUUACCAGUUAUAUGCAAGUUAAAGCCUGAUAUGCCUAAAUUGUUUCCUGUGCUCCUCGAUUAUCCUGUUUAUUCUAUCAACAUAAAUGUAAAAGUUCCUUUAAAGGGGCCUAUUGCAGCGUCUAUGGGCAUAAUCCCCUGUUCUUCAUUCUUGAAAUAUCUUGAAGAUUGUUUAGAAUUCAGUGAUUUCAAUGCGCACAUGUGGCACCUUGUUUGCCAUAUUUCGAUUUGUUGUAUAUUUGGAUGGCAGUGAUAAACUGAGUGUGGGUUUUGUUUUUUGUUUUUAACCUGAUAAGUAUACUACUUUUUUAAGUUUAUAAACAUCCAAAAAAUGGGUGGGGGGGGGGUGGUAGAAGAAAAAUGUAUAAAGGCAAUACUCGAAGAGCCAGCCAACGUAGAAGUCUAGUGUUACAUUGUUAGGGGCUAGAGGCUCAAAUGGCUAUGAAGCGCAACAAUUGCUCAGACGCCUUCUUUUUCCAAGAUCAAAUCCCACAAAGAUAUGCUAGUACAUAAAAAAAGAUUAAGUGAUUAGAAAAUGGGAGGAAUUCAUAAAAAAAAAUAACUUUUAACAUGUUUUGUAGGAACAAAUGUGCUUUUAACUUGGCGGUGUCUGUGGAACAGGUAUUUUGCCUAGAUUAUAGGAUUUAUUCUGUUGAUCACACAUUUGUCCUCUGUGUUGGAUUGUUUCACCAUGCCUGUAAAUUCUGCAUUCUGAUAGGACUAGAGUUCUUUAAAGAUUUACAGUAACUUGUGCAAACCUGUUUUUCAAAAGCACCUCUUCUUGGCUCAACAUUCCGACUUUUUUGUUGAUUUUUCAAGCUGUCUAAGCAUUCUCUCGUAUUUAAAAGAAAAUAAAAACAGUGCUUCAACAAGGCAGAAGAAGCCGCAAAAAAAUGACAACCUAUAAUGAAGACAUUUCACUGGAUUGCUUUUAUGUAAUCUCUGACUAGAGGGUAUACAUUUAUCUUUUAUGCCUCCGGGAUCCUGGUUAGAUGUUGGCCUACUACUGCCCUUAGGAUAUGUUCUUUCAGAACUGCAGGUAAUAUUGCAUCUGGUCUAAUUAAAAUGCCAUCCUUUUAUUUUCAUACACAUAUAUAUAUAUAUAUAUAUAUAUAUAUAUAUAUAUAUAUAUAUAUAUAUAUAUAUAUAUAUAUAUAUAUAUAUAUAUAUAUAUAUAUAUUAAAUAUAUAAUGUUCUCCUAGCCAUGAUUAAAACCUGAUUUGUGAGAUAACAUCUUAAAUUGCCUGCCAGAUUGUGGUGUUUGGCUCUGCGCAUUGGAGAGCCGAGUUGCAGGUGCAGACAGAAAAGGUAUAGUUCCACAGAAAUCUAUUGUGCUUUUGAUGUAUAAUUUCCACUUGAAUGCAAAUAUUUAUUGGAAUGCUGAAUCGUAGCUUGUGCUACAUUUUUAUACUGGAAUAUAUUUGAGACAAUGCACAAUUGGAUUAUUUGUUUUACCAUGGUCCCAUUCUGUUGCAAUCAUGGGUUUCAAGGACCCUUAUGGAGAUAUAGAAUUUUUUUAUAAAUCACACUCCUAUACAGUGUGUGUGUGUCUAUCAAUAUCACAUACACAUUUGCUUUAAAUAAGAAAAUGAAAGUGUGUUUGUGGAUUAAAUUUUUUUUAAAGUCCUGUUUGUUUCUUCACUGUGGGUUGUAUUUACCUGUGGAGUCUUUUAUAACUUAGUUUGUUGUAGGUGAAAAAGAACUAGAUUAUAACGCAAGUCUACCUGUUGGUGCAUCUUUGAUUUCAAAUUUGACAUCAGCAUAGCUUAACUGAAAGCAUAGCUGACUGAAAAUUAAACCAGUUUGCGUACUUUGACUUUGAAUUUCCAACAAUUCUGAAUCUUGUAAAUAAUCCCUUUCAGUAAAUUUUGUGUGUUCCUUUUUGCUCUUAGAAACUCCUCAUUCACAUAACCCUACAACCCACUGCAGUGAUGAUGGUGCUAGUAGUUGACUGGUACUCUGACUGUUCAAGGAUGGUUUGACAAUUUGCCUGGGGUGUAUUGAAACCACUAGAAUGUUAGGAAAUCUACAGAUAACCACAUUCUAAAACAAUGUCAGCUGGCCAUUAAAAUGUAGUAUUGUGUUUGAGUGCCACCAUAAAAUUGAUGGAAGCACUAGGAAAGUAUAAAAUAGUUGUCCUUUGCCUCCCCACACAGAUAUCACUUUUUUUUUGAUGGGGGAGGGGAGUGAAGUGUCAUGCUGCUUUCGAGGGAGCUAAAUAUGGUGGCGAUUUUGUUUAGGAGCCUACUGUUCAUCUUAUCAUUAAGAAAAGUCUGAUUUGACGUCUAGAUAAAGCAAAUCUAAUCAUCGUACUAUCGCUUGAGUAGAUAAGUGUCUCGCAAUAUGAAAUUGGUUAAAGUAUAUGGACAGUAGCACAGGAAAAGGUGGAAGAAUUGGUGUCAGCCUCCUAUAUUGGUAUGAUAAGAUACUAUAUUAGCUUAACCCUUUCUUAAUUUUUUUUUUUUUUAAUUUUUUUUUUUAAUAAAAGGCGCUGUUGAGGUUAUCCUUGAACUGAUUAAGGUGAUUUACCAUUUGCCUGGUAUAAAAUAUAAGGUACAUAGCAUUAUAUCGCUUAUAUUGCAUUAUAUAGCAUUAUAUUGCAGGUUUUCGUCCUUCUCCAAUGUUCUCACAGACAUGACUUGGUCUAGAAAUGUUUCAGUAGCCAAUGACUAGACAACACAUGGCCUCGGGCUUUGAAGCUGCAUUUCAUAUCUUAACCUAUAAGCUACUUGUUUUAUGUAAUCUUAAAAGCGUAAUUGGGGCUUGUUGGUUCUUUUUUAUUGAAGUUCCUGAUGAAUGAAAUCUAGUCAACGUAGCUUCCUUGCCUAAAGGAAAACUGUACUAUCUUUCAGUUUAUUAUAUUUCAGAUGUAUUCUAUAUAUUAAUAUACUGUAUAUCACCAAACACCAUUCCAAUUAUUUAUCAGUAAUAUUAACAUUUUAAAAGUAUUUUUACCUGGUUUUAUUUCAGUUGUUUUAGUUAACCUUGCGGCAAUGCGCUCCGCCCACUUUCGCGUCAUCCGUUACUUAUUGUUCGGGUCCAAUCACUAGCUUCUCAUAGAGAAGCAUUGCGGACCAUGCGCAGCAUUUGCUGCUAUGCGCCAGUUAAAUUACACUUAUAGGGAAUCAUUGAAUUCAAUGAUUCCCUAUGAGAAACUGCGAAUGCUCGGUUGCGUAGGCGCUCCAUUUGCGUGUUCACGAGCAGUGACCUGAAUCAGAGAUCAUCUCUAAUCUGCUGUAGCGUCCUUAAUAUUUUGGAUUGGAUUGUUUAAAUGUGUGCCUAUUGUCCUGUCUCCCCUGGCCCCCAUCUGCUGCUCAUGGGUGGGGGCCAAAGGGGGAUGAGACAAUAUGCACCCGUUUAAACAAUCUAAAUACUGACAUAGGUCCUCCCGCACCUAUAAGCGGCGGAUGAGGGCCCUGGUGACAAUGGGGCGGGGUAGAACAUAGGUCCCACCCAUGAUCAGCGGGUGGGGGCCCUAAUGGCCCCCACCCAUGUGUGGCAGAUGGGGGCCCAAAAUUACAAUGGGGGAACAUAUUUGUCCCCCCUCCCCCCCCUUCCUGGUCCCCACUUAUGGGCGACGGGUGGGGGCUACGUGAAAACCCCACGCCCCCCACAAGGUGACUAGGGGAACACCGACAUUCGGUCUUUGUUCGUGUGAAAUUUCUAAUCAUUCAUUUAUCUUUCUGACUAAUGAAUAGACAAACUUCUGAUAUCGCGGGAGCGCGCAUUAGGGGCAAAAUGAUACGUAAUGUCAGUUAUGCGUGCUGAUGUCCGAGUAUGAUUGGGUAUGAGAGCAGGGAGGUUACAUUCCCGGCUGGCUUGGGGGCGUGGCUUAAAGCCACUCUUCAAUGCCUUCAUAAAGCAUAAAAAAAAUGAUUUGAAAAAGAGACUGAAAAUAUUUAAGGCACUCUAACAACUUUAAAUGAGAUUAAAUUGUUACAGUGCCUACAGUGUUCUUUUAAAUGUCACAUCUGUAGACUAUUGCAAUGAAUCCGCAUGUAACAAUCGCUGUAUGUUGAUGCCAUCUGCAAUGAAGUGGAAUAGUCAUCGCCUUAUUUUUAGAAGGCCUAAGUGGGUAAACUAGAUUGUUGUAUGUGUAAAGCUUCAAUUUUUUUAAAGUGUCACUGUCAGCACCAUUUCUAAAAUGAUUAUUUCAUAAAGAUAGAAUCAAAAGAUGAGAUUCUAAAGUAGGGACUGCUACAACUUUGCCUGUGCUUGACAAAGGGGGUUACCUUUUUGUCAAGCUUGUCAUUUUCCCAAUGGCAGCUGUAAGGAAGAAGCUCCUUCUAUGGAGGGUCUUGCAGACCUCAAUGCUGUACUUUCAUGCAUGUGCAAGAGUACAGCGCUGACAUCUACUCCUGGCAGCUGUAGAGCUAGGAGCCAAUGAGGAACGAUUUUAAAAGAACACUAGAGGCACCCAGAUUAAUUCAGCCCCCUAUUUUAUCCCUGCAGCUGAAAACAUAGCCGUUCUGCAGCAACACCAAUGUUCUCUUUGCAGGUUUAACAGCUGGUAGAAGCAGGAGGGGCAGGUCAUCUUAAUGGGGGCACUAUAGCGUUGGGAAUACAAAUGUGUAUUGAUAACGCUAUAGUGUUCCUUUUAAUGAAACACACUCAGGACACCAUAUCAACCGCUGUAUGGUUAUAGUUCCAGGAAUAUCCAGUUACCGUUUGCCAAUGUUGCCCAAGAGGGAGCUAUAUUGCUAGGAAUACAGCAUUGUAUUUCUAGCACUUUAGUAUCCCUUUAAUUUCUCUCAGAAUCAUAUCUUCUAGUUUAAGAACUUCUUAUCUAAUAAAGAUUUGUUGCCAUUUAAGCUAUAUUAAAGCUGUUAUUUGCUGUUUUGUUUGCUCACGAAGGUCAGAGGGUUACACUAGGAUUGUUUGGUGGGGUCCCUCCUGUAGUCCCCAAAACAGUUUGCCCAACAUAACGUUUCUAUUGUUUAUAUUGCUCAAAGACAAAUUAUACGCUGGGUAUAUGAAUACCUUAAACGUUUUUGUGUCUUUCUUGUUAAGGAAUGUACUGUAAGUCUCCCCCCUUCCCUCUGCCCCAUAAUAAAGCAUUUUGAUGGAAAAACAAAGGAUCUCAACCUAUAUUUGUGUUUCUCUUUACUUGGAACUUCUAGGCACAAUACAGUUUAGGUAAUGUAUAUUUAAGCUGGGGUUUAAUGUUAAUAGUUUGUAAUAAUGACUCCCUUUAUCUUGUAACCAUCAUGGAGUACGUGUAUAAAUAAAUUGUAUGCUCUGGCAUCUACAAAACACACAACCAAAUAUAUAUAGCGGGGGAAUAGGCUUAAAGCACCUCUGUAACGUUCUGGGGUCUUUGAUUAUUUUGCAAAGACCCAUGUUGGCAACUUUGCUUCUUGGUGUGCACUUGUGUUGAGGUGAGAUGUACUUACCUGAUGCUAGCUCUCCGUCUACCUUGCCAGUCAUGCCAGUUUUGCUGUAGGAUUAAUUGUAUUGAUUUCCAAGUCUUUUGGCCACAAACUUGGUGAAUUUUGGAGAUUAUAAUAAUAUGACUUUAUUAUAAAACGGUCUUGCCAUACAAAUGAUACUUUGUAGUUGCAUAAUAUUGAUGAUGCCUCCAAUUGUGUGGGGUGUUUUUAACCCCUUUUGUCACGUACCUGAUUUCAGCGUCAAUGUCCCUUGGUUCAGGCUCUGACAUAAUCCAACGGGAAGACCUAAUGUGCAUGCAUGGCGAUUGGCGACACUGGCAUUGAUACUUCCCACACAGGAAAGCAUGUAUAAUGCAUUUCUAUAGGGUUUUACAUGGCGCUGGAUGUACUCCUUUCAUAACGUGAGCUCAUCCAGUGUUUGUAGGCGACCAAAAGUCGCCUAACCACUUGGAAGUUCCUCUAGUGUCUUUCUGUUAGACAGCCACUAGAGGUGGAGUUAACCCUCAAAGGUAAUUAUUGCAGUUUAUUAAAAACUUUGAGGAGUUUAAGGCACCUGGGACAAUGCACCCAGGCCACUUCCAUGAGCCGAAGUUGUCUGAGUGUCCCUUUAAUUUCAGAAUGAAUCCUAUCAUCUCUAAAUUAUUUUAAUCAAAAGUAAACAUUGGGAUAUCUUUUGAAACCUAUAGACAAUGUUUAACUUUUUCUGUAUCUUAUCAGAAAUACUGGAGUUUGCUGUAAGGAAACUGCAAGUGAUAGCAGUUGGUUUGAUUUAUGGAUUUAUUUAAAAAAAAAAUAAUGUAUUUAUCAGUUCUUUUUAAUCAAGGAGGACAUACUUGACAGACAUAGCGUAAGCAAAUUAUUUCAGUUUACAAAUGUUAAUUCCUAGCACAUGGGAAGUAACAAGAGAAGCCGUGCAGUGUUUGUCUGAUCCCGUCUUGCAUCGUGGUGCAGGUUCUCCAUUACUAAGGUAUGGUUAAUGAGCAGGGCUCUAAAUCACUAACAUUUUACUACUGUAAAUAGAAAAGGUGUGUAGGUCAAUGAACUUCUGCUCAGAAGCCAUCAUCCUCUAAUUAAUAGGCAUAUGUGCCAAAGGUUACAAAUAUUUUGCUUUAAAAAACGCACACAAAGUGCAGUUUAACUUGCUGUAUGAAAAUAAUGGGGAAAACUCCUUUUAGUUAUUAACGACUCUGUCAUGGUAAACUAGAAUACUAUUUUGUAUUGUUAUGUAUCUCCUUUAUGACUAUUAAAUGCAUUUCUAUGGAAUAGUGUUCUUGUUUAUUGUAGAUUAAGUAUUUCGAUUUGGUAUAAACAUUCCACACUAAUGUAUUGCGGGAUACUGUGUCUCACUUGGGUUGGAAUACGUUCUAUAAAAACGGCAGAGCUUACACAAGAAUCUCUUAAAAACAUGACUUUUUUUUUAAUAUUUUUUUAAUGUGUAAUUUUAAUUUUUUUUUUUUUAAAUUAAUCUCACAAUGAAGCUCAUUUUAAAUAAUGUUUUGUAAACAUACUUUUUUUUUUUUUUUUUUCUUGAAAUUGUCAAUUGGGGGAGGAUGCCAAAUAUUAGUCAAGGAGGGUAGACUCCCAAUUACUUCAGCAUUUAUUCAGCAUAUAAUUGGUGAUACGUGGAAGAAAACUGCAUUUAUGAAAAUAAUCUCUCAAAUCUUACAAUUCCUGGCUUGGUGAAUACAUCAGAGGGGGUCUCCACAAUCUCGCCUUAAAAAAAUCUGCACUACAUGACACUUCUGUUGGAUGGUUAAAUGCCUCAACUCUGGACCACACAGAAGUACUACCUGGUCUAACCUAUUGAUAUAUUUUUGGCUACAGUCUACUCCAUAUACUUUGCCUGACAAUACAUUUUGUGCUUUGGGGCACUUGUAUACAAUAAUAAUACAAUAAAGAGUUCAUAUGAAGAUCUCAUUGACUUCUGGUCUGCUUUUAGUGGCUCUUCACUGCCCAAAUACAAAAUAAAUAAAUCACGGUUUAAUAGUGUGGCUGUCCAAUCACAGAGUUCCCAAUGCAAUUCAAGGAGAAGUCUUUCGAAGGCAGGUGCUCUGGGUAAUUGCUGCCUCUUGAGUUUGGCUCCACUGAGCUAAAAAAAACAGGAAGUAGCAUCACCUGUUGUCUGCUUGAAAGCCAGGGGGUGUAACCAGGUAAAUUUAGAAAAGUGUCAAUUUCUAUUGAAAUCUGAACUUUUGUCACUUUGCACGGAGGACACACAAAGCUUUUUAGAGGUCUGGAGUGUCCCAUUAUGGGUAUAUACCUGUCAAUCAUAAAGAAAUUGCCUUCUGUUUUGGUAACCAGAGCGUUGCAUAUCUUUUUAUAUACUGUUCUGGAAUAUUAACUGCUUACCUUCUAUACUUGGUACAAAUGAUUCUUGGAUAUGAGGAGCAAAUCUGACUGACUUUACAGGAACGAGCAUUGAUUCCUGUAUGGUUGGUCAUCUAUGUAACUUCUAAUUAACCCAACCAUAAUUAUAUUUAUUAUUUUUAAUUGACCACUACAACCAGAUGUGGGGGAUAUUCAUGUAAAUCUUAAAUGUUGGCAGCAGAAGCGUUGGCUAAUGAGGAAAGGUAUUCUAUGGGAAAGAUUCAGGUAGGUUAUUAUAUAUUAUGGGAUUAUACAUUGUUUACAAUGGAAAUGUAUAUUAUUCCAUUGCAAAUCUUGAGCAGUGAUCAUAGAAAAGUCUUCAUUAGAAGACUAGCAAUAAUACAAAUACAUGUUUUAGCCAUUCAUAUACUAGGCAGGUGUACAUCCUACCAAAUGGGUCAGCGAUCCAGCUCUGACGGAUUUACAAGGAAAGCGAAAGUGACAUAGAACGUUAUUCAAGGAUAACAUAUUGAAGAUAUUUGCAUGAGUGAGCCAUGUUAAGCAGCAAACCGCUCCACUUUAUGUUGCUGUCCUUAUGGAUUUCAUUAUUUCCAAGACAUUUGGAGAGCAGUGUGUGGUCCCACAACCAGCACGAAUUGAGAAACAAAAGGACAACAGGAGGCAUAGGGAAGGCCAGAAAAAUCUGUUACAUGUGAAACUAUGUAAAAUGCACCAAAGUUUAAAACAUAGAAUUCACAUAUUCACACCCAAAGUAAUUCAGUACGGGCUGGUGUGAGCUUUAAAUUAUUGAAAAUAAAAUGCGUAUCUAGAAUGAUUUUGGCAUCUUAUUAAAUAAGAUUAAUAAAAAUAAAGUAAAAUUGGCAAUGAAAAAUUUGUGAUAUAGAGAUAUAUAUAUAUAUAUAUAUAUAUAUAUAUAUAUAUAUAUAUAUAUAUUUUUUUUUUUUUUUUGUUUUUUUGACUGCUCAAAUGUAAAUGAAUUAAAUGAAUACUAUACUAAAUGUAGUAAUUUACUUUUAUUUUUAAUUUUUUUAUCUUAAUUUUUUCUUUCUAAUGUUUUGUUUUUGUUUUUUUUUAGCUGGAUGUAAAUACUUUUCAUUGCGCUUUCCUGCUGAGUGUUGUUCUCUUGUUUUGACCACAUUUAUUAAGUAGUGUAAUCAUGUGGCAUGACUCUGCCUGCUUGAAAUUAUUUUGGUUUACUUGAAAGCUAUGAGCAUGUGGAUAAACAUUUCAAUUGAUUUGAACAGUACUUUUCCAGGCUGAGAUGAAUAGAGUUGGAGUGCAUGAGACUGUUGCUGUCGGACUGCGAUUCAGAGCAUUAAAAAAAAAAAAAAAAAUACCCUGAAAGAUGAUUUGAAUACAGCAGGACCCCAACAUAUGGUGUACCAGUCUGAAGCACUAGUAGUCUAGUUAUUGACACUGUUAUCGAAGUCUGUGUUAUGCAUCCUUUUUAUUUUUAGUAAACUCUAAUUCAUAGUAAGGUGUGUGUGUGUGUUACAUAUACUGGGUUUAUUUAGUAAUGAUUUUUACGAAGUUCCACCAUGAGCCAUUUAUGAACUGUUGGAUUGUAUGUCUGUUAGAGAGUUGCUGAGCUUCAGCAUGUCUUUGAAUUCUGACCUAACCUGGUGACUGUGCUAGACCAAGAUAGAUUUGUACUCUUGUUUUUAAAGCUUGACACAGUCACCCAGACCACUUGGUAUAGGAUGGGAUUUAGCAAAGUGUCAGGCCAGGCUAUAUUAUUUUUAUUGUAUUUUUUUUUAUUUUUUUAUUUUUUUUAAUAGAUGUAUUAACCGUGUUGUCCGCAUUAUAAUAAAGGUAUCUGGUUCUACAGUGAUCAACUUGAAGUUACACAUUUGUAAUGACAUAGAUUAAAGGUCUAGGCUGGAUUAAUAUAGGGGCUGAUGGAGCUGAAAUUCCAUGUCCAAUAAGUAGACCAGUGAUGGCUAACCUUGACACCAUAAAAUGUUUCUGGACUAAAUUUCCCAUUAUGUAGAGUCUAAAAGCUAGAUGAGCAUCAUAGGAAAUGUAGUCCAGAAACCAUUUAUGAUGUCCAGAUUAGCCAUCACUGAAAUAGACCCAUUGAUUUAAUGAAAAUGGGGGGUGUACAUAAUUUUGUUUUUUACUUGCUAUUCUUCAAAUGCUGUUGGGAGGGAUGACUGUUUUAGUCGAUAAGGUUCUGUAAUUGGGCCCAUCAUUGUCAACUCCAGGCCCAAUGGGCUCUUAAUCUGACCCUGUUUAAGGUCUUUUUAUAGUCAAUGGGGUUGGAAAUGUCUCAUUAGGAAGUUACCAUAGACUGUGAAGAGGGAUUUGGCAAAUGACAAGAAGCCACAGUUUGCCAUUAGGGCUGUAUGGUCGUUAAAAUGUGAGUGCUAAUUGUGACAAGUUUUUGUUUUUAUUUAUUUUUAAUUGAUUUAUUUAAUUCAAUCACACGUGGCAAGCGGCUUAAAACUUUCAGGAAAGGUUGCCUGAUGCAUUUUAUUUUUUUUGCUUUCUCCAGAAUCAAUAAUUAGUUACUUUGGUCAUGUGCCCAGUUCUUUAGAUGUAGCUGUGUGCACUUAUUUUCCUCAAUGUAAUAAAUGGUCUGCGGUUUUAUGAAUCUAUAGUGCUUCUUCAUUCAUGUAAUGCUCCGAGAUACAGAAUCAAGCAAUGAUGAGUUUUUAAAGGACCACUAUAGUGCCAGGAAAACAUACUCGUUUUCCUGGCACUAUAGUGCCCUGAGGGUGCCCCUAUCCUCAGGGUCCCACUCCCGUGGCGCUGAGAGGGGAGGAAGGGGUUAAACUUACCUCUUUCUCCAGCGCCGGGUGGGGAGCCGCCCUCCUCCUCUUGGGCUGAAUGCACAGGAGCCGCGCGCAUUCAGCCAGUCCAUAGGAAAGCAUUCUCAAUGCUUUCCUAUGGAUGCUGGUGUCUUCUCACUGUGAAAAUCACAGUGAGAAGCGCAGAAGCCCUCUAGCGCCUGUCAGUAAGACAGCCACUAGAGGCUGGAUUAACCCAUAGGUAAACAUAGCAGUUUCUCUGAAACUGCUAUGUUUAUAGAAAAAAGGGGUUAUACCUAGCUGGACCUGGCACCCAGACCACUUCAUUAAGCUGAAGUGGUCUGGGUGCCUAUAGUGGUCCUUUAAUUUUUUGUACCCAAUCAUAUGUACUAUCAACUGGAAUAUUGGAGCGUCUGAACAUUGCAAGGAUAAAUUUUGCCUUUAUAAAAUAAGAUAUGGCUUCCCUACAACUUUUACCCAGCUUACAACUUUUCUUUUUGUUUGUUUUAAUUGUUACUAUUAACUAUGCUCCCUGCAAUGGUUCCAUUUCUGGUCCUCCUUUGCAAUGUUUGUCCGGACUUUGCCUUGUCUGAACAGGGUUGUGAUGCCAUUUGCUAAGUCUUUAAUAAAUAUAUAUAUAUAUAUAUAUAUAUAUAUAUAUAUAUAUAUAUAAAAUAUAAUUUCUUACAUAAAACUGAAGAUAAUAAAAUUUUAAAGGGGUGGGGGUUUAACACGAGUUAUAGGUGAUCUUCCGUGGUAUAAACGCGAGAGGUAACUGUUCCCAUUUUAAGAAAUGCAAAUAGAGCAAUCAUGCUUGUUUCUGAAUAUUGACUACAUCAAUGAUCAAUAAAGUAUCUAUUCUACUUUGCAUUGUUGGAGCUGUACAUGCUGUGUUUUUCUUUCUUUUUUUUUUUUUUCGUGGGGUUAGACCAUAGUUUUAGAUUUACGCAGUUCAUGCCUGUUAUUGAUUAGAGCAUGGUCUAUUUUGUAAGAGAUUCAAAAUUAAUUGUGUAAAAAUCCAUGUAAGUGCUUUUAUAUGAGGCUCAAGAGACUGUGUACCCUGUAAUAUUAAAGCAAGUGAAUUAUUUUACUGUAAUAUGUGCAUGCAGUCUGCAACAAUUACAGAAUUCAUAUAUUGGUGCUUUAACCAUUUAUUGAUUCAUAUAGCUUUUGUUUAAAGCUGUCACCCCCCCCCAAAACGGUGUUCUGAUGCUUUACUUCCCUAAAUACAAGAUCACAUGUUACUAUAAGACUGUAAUGUGUAUCAUUCUGCACUUCAGCUGAUCCUGUGGAUGAUCAGUAUUAUGGAAAAGAUGGUUCAAGUUUACCAUUACUGCUAAAGCACAACUUAUAUGAGCGUGUUGGAAAUUCAAUGGACAAAUAUUGAUGCUGUUUAAUAUUAAAGGGACACUAUAGGCACCCAGACCACCUCAUCUCAUCGAAGUGGUCUGGGUGCUGUGUCCCUUAACCCUUUAAUGUAAACAUCAGUUUCGCUGAAACUGCAGGGUUAAGACUGUCUCUAGUAGCUGCCUGGUUGACUUGGCAAAAAAGACUCUGAGCGACCUCAUGCUUUGCAUGAGACUGUCCAGCAUGUUGAAGUCCCCCAUUGGGAAGCAUUGAAUAAAAGCUUUCCUAUAGGUAAGGCCUAAUGUGCUUGCCGCGCAUGCUCAUCAGGUUCCCCCUGGAUUGCUGACGUCUGAGGAACCAGACUCCGUGCAGAGGGACUUAACGUAGGGAAUCAGGUAAGUGUUUAGAGGUUUCUCUUUGCAACCCUUUACUUGGUGGUGGCAGCACGGUCAAUCAUUUUUAGUGUUUUGGGACAGUAUGUUGGGCACUUUUGUAUUCCUAAUGCUAUAGUGUUCCUUUUUAAUAAACAAAAUAACCUCAUACAUGUGUGGGAGGGUGAAAAAGAGUUGCUGAAUGGAAUUUCGAAGUACUUGGUCCUUACUCUUGGACUUGAUUUGAAUUGUUGGCUGAUAAAUUGACCGUUUCUUUACCACUCUGUGUUAUUCAUUUUAUUGAUUUCAGGAUAAAUGCGUAAGCUUGCUGGGAAUAGAACUUAGAAGAUUUAAACGGGUUCUACAAUAGCUGUUGGCCAAUAUACCUAUCUUAGGGCGUGAAUGUGUACAAUCUACUUACUGCAACUUAUAUUGGGAACGCCAUCGGGAUUAUUCGCUAAAGUAUGCAAGUGUGAAAUGUCAGGAAUUCAAAGUUCAUUUCAGAUUUAAGGUCCAAACAACUGACUUAGAGAAUUUUUCCAGUUUGGCUAAUUUUACUUUAAAUUUUUCACUUUUUUUAUUUUUUUAUUUUUUUACUAAACGGAGUUAAGAUGAGUUGCUACCAAGCACGCAUAACCAUUUGUAAACUAGGAAGAAUGUCUCUAAAUUAGAGAUUUUGGCCAAUUUAUAAACGAAUUUGUACCAAUCUGAUGCGUCGAUAUAGCCUCUAUCUCCUUAGAUUUGCUUGUGGAUGGACAAAUUAGCUUCUCUUGUAACAGUGUUCCAAGGGAGGGGGAGUGAAUGUUCAAAAUCUGAAAUAAAAUGCAGUGGUAUUGAAGAUAUAUUGCAAAAUACCUCACCUUGUCCGGCAGCAGUACUGGAUUAUUAUUUCCUAAUCCGCACAAUGUUACAUUUCCUAACUUUGUAAUAACGUAAUAUUUAUAGACCUAUGUGUGUUUGAUUUGAAGCACUAUUUGUAAUGAUCUCACGGAGUCUCAAUCUAAAUCUGGCUCUGUGUGUAGUGAAUUUUCUAAAAUGUGUAGAUUUGAACAUUAACACCCAUCACCUCACUAAAUGCCCAUUUCAAUAAAUAUUGUGAUCUUAUGUCACCAAAGACUCUUGAUCCAAGUCAGUAUGACUCAGGUCCAGUUAUAUCAAUUUUGUCACCCUACUUAUGCAAGGACAGAUUUGGUAAAUGUAUUCUCUACAGGCCAUAUAAAAACCUAUAAGCAUGUCAAAUCGUCUUCAUGGGCACAAUUUGCAGCAGACCUUAAAGUUCGUUUUUAAGGGUUAUGUGUAUCUAUAUAAAAAAAAGCCUGCCAUGCCCAUAGGGUACAAGCUAAUCGGGGAAUCCACAAAACCGUGCCAGCUUUCUAUUGUGUUUGAACGAACCGUACACCCAUUCAUUUAGAAUACCAAAAAUAAACUCAAAAUAAUUAAAUUCCAAAAACUUUUUUGACUUUUUUAGCCCAAAAUGUAGUUUAUAGGAUACUGUAGUGUAGGGAUAGGCAAUCUUCGGCACUCCAGAUGUUUUGGACUACACCCACCAUAAUGUUUUUACACCGUAAUGCUGGCAAAGCAUCAUGGAAGGUGUAGUCCAAAAUGUCUGGAGUUCCAAAGGUUGCCUAUGCCUGCUAUAGUGGCUACCAACUCGUCCUAAAUAAAGGGUGGCUCCAUUAAGGCAAAAACUUUAGUUUGUUUAAAAAAAAAAAAAACAGUUUAGCUCUAAUGAAAAUGAAUGUUAAGGCUUUGCAUGUGCAGCGUCCUGAUGCUGAAAUCACAGUAAGUGCACAGAUGUGUUUCAGACACCAGGAUAAAAUGUGCAAACGCAUGAAUCAUUUAUGAGCCAGCAAAGUGAGGCAGAGGAACGGUGACAAUGAGGAAUUCUUAAGUGUUUCAUAGUUUCAUUUCAAAUUGCUGUCGGCAAAUCAGGUCAAGUUGUGUCAAUACAUUUUGUCACAUUUCACACCUAUUGUGUCUUGAUGGUGCACUCUUUCUUCAGAAUACAUUAACUGCUGUGGGCUACUAAUUAUUUUCAUUAAGGAGUGUUGGUACUGUGUACUGAUUUCUUUUUUUCAUCUUUACUGUGUGUUUUCCUGGAUGUGGGCCUGUUUAUAGGCUAUCCUUGGCAAUUAGAUGGCAAGCUGUUGUGAGCAGUCAUUUCAUAUUUUAUAUACUUUUCUUUGCUUGUUCCUCUAAACAAGUGACAUAAAGCUACCUGAACACACUGUCCCCAUCCAAUACCAUUUAAUGGUCUACAUGCCCUCCCGACUAAAUAAAAAAAAAUAAAAUAAAAAAAUUCUGAAGAUUUGAUAAUACAACAAAGUAAUUGAGCAUUUUUUUUUUUUUUUUCUUCUUCCCACCCCAAAAACAAACAACCCAGUUUAGCCUGGUACGUGUGUGUGUGUGUGUGUGUGUGUGUGUGUAUGUAUAUAUGUUUAUGUAUAUGUGUGUGUGUGUAUAUAUUACAAUUCCCUUUUUGAUGACUAAAAAGUAGUUUGAACUAAUUUUAGUAACUGUAAGCCUGCAUGUAGGAAAUCUGUCUUCUGCAUAUUGGGCAUCUCUCCUUCCUUAAACACAAACUGUUUAUCUUUAACCCCUUAACGACCUAGGACGGUUCAGGACCGUCAUCGUCAUUUUUGCAUUGCCGACCGGUGACGGUCCUGAACCGUAUACUUAACCGAUGACUGUCCAAUAUACUUACCUGAUCGCCGUCGUUUCUUAGAAUGAAAUUGUGUGUGUGUGUGUGUGUGUGUGUGUAUAUAUGUGUGUGUGUGUAUAUAUAUAUAUGUGUGUGUAUAUAUAUAUAUGUAUGUGUAUAUAUAUGUAUGUGUGUAUAUAUAUAUGUCCAUAUACACGUAGACUUCAAAUAUAUAAAUAUGCAUAUAUAUUUAAAUUCUACGUACGUAUUUACGUAAUAUUUUUACAUAAUUUAUUAAUUGCAAUUUGAGGGACCUGCCUGCCAACCCAGUCCAGAGAAUUUAAUUUGCUAGCACUGUAUUUUACCCUGUAACUUUUUCUCUUACACCCUAAAACCUGUACGGGGGGGUACCGUUUUACUCGGGAGACUUCGCUGAACACAUAUUAGUGAUUCAAAACAGUAAAACGUAUCACAGCGAUGAUAUUGUCAGUGAAAGUGACUUUUUAGAAUUUUUUACACACAAACAGCACUUUUACUGAUGAUAUUGUUGUGAUACGUUUUCCUGUUUUGAAACACUAAUAUUUGUGUUCAGCAAAGUCUCCCGAGUCUAACAGUACUCCCCUAUGUACAGAUUUUAUAGCGUUUUUGACAGUUACAGAGUCAAAUAUAUGGGUCAAAUAUUUUGACAUUGAAAAUGGCCAGGUUGGUUACGUUGCCAUUGAGAGCGUAUGGUAGCCCAGGAAUGAGAAUUACCCCCAUGAUGGCAUACCAUUUGUAAAAGAAGACAACCCAAGGUAUUGCAAAUGGGGUAUGUCCAGUCUUUUUUAGUAGCCACUUAGUCACAAACACUGGACAAAAUUAGCGUUCAAUUUAGUUUUUUUACUUUUCACACACAAACAAAUAUGAACGCUAAUUUUGGCCAGUGUUUGCGACUAGGUAUUGAAUACCAUGGGUUGUCUGCAAAAAAAAUAAAAUAAAAAACAUGUACAUGUGAGGUGUUAUUCAGAGAUUUAUGACAGAUAAUAGUGUUACAAUGUCACUAUUGAUAAAUUUGAAAAAAAUGUAUGUUUUGAAACCGCAAUAUCCAACUUGUACCUAGAGCCCUAUAACUUGCAAAAAAGCAUGUAAACACUGGGCAUUUUAAAACUCAGGACAAAAUUUUGGUUCUAUUUAGCAGUUUCUUUUAUUCGCUUUUGUAGAUGAGUUUUUCAAGUAAAAGUCAAAAAACAUGUAUUUUAUUUUACAUUUUUUUAAUAAUUUUUUUUUUUUUUUAUUAAAUUACAUGAGAUUAUAUAAAUAAUGGUAUGUAAAGAAAGCCUUUUUUGUCCUGAAAAAAACAAUAUAUAAUUUGUAUAGGAACCGUAAAUGAGAGAGCGGAAAAUUACAGCUAAACACAAACUCCACAAAAGUGUAAAAAGAGGCCUGGUCGCAAAUGUACAACAUCGCAAAAACAGUCCAGUCCUUAAGGGGUUAAAAAGUGAAACUUUUCUGGGAAGCUUGUUGUUGUGUUUUAUUUUUUUUUUUAAUAUAUAGAGAUCACUGGUUGCUUACCCUGUUAUUUACAGGCAUAUUUGUCAGGUGUGUUAAACUGACUGUUGGAUAAUUAGAUAACUGUUCAAUUGUGCAAGGCUAUACACUGUAUGGCUUUGUAUUGCCUGUAAAAUACUGGGAGCUCUCCAACAUUCUGACUACACAUAUUGGAUGUAGUUCUAUGCUGGUUAAAUUCUGUAUCCCAUGGCUUUUCAACUUUAUUUGCAGAACAAUUUUUAUUUAUUUAUUUUUUUUAAAUUUUAUUAUAUUUUAAUGACUGUGUGGCUAGUGUUACAACUGAUAAAACCCUUACUGAUUAUGCAGUUCUUCUCCUGUCCGCAAUCUAGCUUUCCAAUCAUUAAGCUGCCAACUGUGGGUACCAUUGGCAGGUACUUGGUAAGGUGGACCUUGGUUGACUUUGAAUCGUUCUUUUUGUCUGGAUGUGUGUGUGUGUAUGUAUGUAUGUAUGUAUGUGUAUAUAUACAUACAUACAUAUAUACUUAUAUAUAUAAUUUUUUAUUUUUUUUUAUAUAUAUAAAUAUAUAAUUUUUUUUUUAUUUAAUGGGAGUCCUGGAGCAGUCUUGCCAGACUCUGCUUUUAGACUCCGAUCAAUACUCCAGUAAUUGAGAAGGCCUCUCACCACGUGUCUUGCAUUUCUUGGGUUUGUCCAUUUUGUGACCGCAUUAAUCUGGUUCAUCAGAGUCCGUUUUUUGCCUGGUUGCAUGUAGAGCCGAGCAAUGCAUGGGUCUCUCCCUUGAUCACUCAAAUGGUUAAUGUGUAUCCGUACAGCUGCAGUUGGAAUUAAAAAUAGAAAGACUUGGGUUUUACAGUACAAAUCACAGCUUCGUGUUAGAAAAGGGUGCAGUGUGGGAUGGGUUUUAAUGCUGUGACACUAUGCUAUCUGCAAUGCAUCAUUCUAUUCCAGGUCUGGGGAGAAUUAACUCCUCCGUACAAUCAGGGCAUCGAGGACACGUGCUUACUGGAUGGCUUUCUAAGCUGUUACAAUGUCAAAUGACGCACUGUGCAAAAUGCUGACAAACUCCAAUCUCCAACCCAUAUCUUCCUCCCGAAAUCACAUUAUUAAACGUCAUAUGACUCAUCAGAUCUGCAGCUAGAUUUGCAGUUGAAUCACUCCAUGUGUUUGCUAACCUUGGUACUGCAGAUAUUUCUCAAAUAUAUUUCCUAUGAUGCUGUGCCGAAGGUAAGAGUGGCUGAGCCUCAUGGGAAAUGUAGUAUGUGAACACCUGGGAUGCCAAGGUUAACAAUCAUUGUUAUACAGUAGUUUAAUGGUUGACCUCCAAUUUAAAGGGCAGGUAAUUCGAGUUUAGCAUUUUUUUUUCCUUCUUCCCUUGCUUUUUGUUAUAAUCUUUAGAAUUUUGUGUGUGUGUGCAUUUCACACUCUGUUUACAUGUAUCAUCCUUCAGAAACCCUGGGGACUCGGUUUACGUGUACUCUGGAAGCUACGUUAUGGUUUUCCCUUUUUAAAGUUCAUCUUCCUGUGUUUUGUCGAGACAUUCUAUUAAACCUAUUUAGCUUCAUUACAGGUGGAACCCUAGACUUCUCUUUGGCACCUAGGGCGUUUAAAAAGGAGCCGGUUAACCGCAAAUACACACUAAAAUAACUGAUAGCAUAAACAUGGACAAGCUGACAGCACAAAAUACAUGACACCCCCAAAUCAUUCCAUAAAGUAUGGGGCCCAUGGCUAGAGGGAAACAGUGCCCUCCCGUGGUGACCCACGACAAUCUCAUAAACCAACACCACUUCCACCAAACCACACCAAGAUACAACUCUGAAGCUCACCCGUCUAACACCCUUAACCUACUUCAUCCCAUAGGGGACUCCGGGGGGUAACCAAGAGGGGCAGCACCGCUCCACCUUUCCCCCCCACAAACCCACCUCACCUGCCCUACCGCCCUCCCGAUCAACAAAACAAACCCAAUUACCAGGCUCUGCUGAUUCAGCCCUUUCCAACAAAUCUACUUAAGGCAGUAACCUCUAAACCAGCCAACCCCCCCCACCCCCAAAGACUCUUAUCAAUACCCCUGGCACCGCAGACCCACAAGUUAUACCUCUACUCUCAGCCAAAGCAGGUAGCAAAAUGGACUGCUGCCCAUCCUUAGGUCUCACGAGACCCCACCAAAUAGCGGUCCACGACAGAAGGUAUAGCAAACGAUACCAGAGACCAAAGUGCCAGAUUCACCUGCAGACAACCCAAUGUUAUCCCUCACUGUUCUUACCCAAUUAACCAAUUUCUUUUUUUUUUCUGUAAGAAAGUCUUUUUUUAAAAAAAUUUUAUUUUAAAUCUCUGCCAGCCAUUGUGCUGCAAGUCUAGCUGGUAGAGCGUCUUGUGCCUUUAUAAAUUGAUCUGUACAUUGUCUGCUCCUGUUCUGUUAACCAUCCUUUUGCAGCACAAUGGGAAGCCAUAAGGUCCUUAAUUGUACAAUAUAUGCAAAACACACUUGGUCCUGAAUGAAUUGCUAAAUCAGAUGAUCAAUAAUUGGAGGUUAUGUGCUUAAGGAAGUGGAAUUGUAACCCUUUCCUUGCUUGAGUUUUUGCGGCACUGUGAUAUGAAAUUGCAAUUUCUUUCUAACCGUAGAGGUACGCUUCUAGUGAUUACAGAGCCACAUAAUGUAGGCUUGCAGUUAUACAUGUACAGCAUAAAUGCAAAUUAUCCUUUAAUUAUUGGAAUGCUCCGGCCAUGGGCCCAAUGCUUUAACGUGUGAAAUUCUGAAAUGGGUCACUUUGAUGUUUUAAAUGUAUCCUUCCAUUUAUGUUUCAAAAGUCUAAUAAAAAUAACUUUUUUUUGUUUAAUUCUAGGCAUUCUGGAAUUUAUAAGUAUAGCAGUGGGUUUGGUCAGCAUCCGAGGUGUAGACAGUGGACUGUACCUUGGAAUGAACGAGAAGGGGGAGCUGUACGGGUCGGUAAGUUCAAAACCAUACUAAAAUAUAAGAAAUAGCUGAUUUGGAAACUUUCUCCAAUCCUGAUCUAGUUACAGGCAGAAUAUUCUACCCUAAAUGUUGCAAUGUAGUGUUUAGUAUAUUAACCCUGUAUAUCCAGUUCAUUAAUGUAACUUGAAAACCUUUGCAAAACAAAGGGGGGGGGAGGGGGGGAGGAUUUAUAAAUAAAGCUAAACCUGGGAGACUAACUAAUAUCAGAUGUAGCCUUAUAAUUUGAGGUAUGGUCCAUGCAAAAUAGAACACAUUUCUCUUUGCAUUAAAGUCCUAGAAUAAAACAAGAAUACGUAAUUCUAUUGAAAUGUUUUUUUACAUUUUUAGAACACACAAAAAGAUGCCAAAUAUCACACAUCUACAAUUAAAACCUUGAAUUUAAUUGAAAAUGCGCACAUAGAUAUUCAUAUUCCAUAUAACAGAAUCUAGCCGUAAGUAAUUUAAUUGCAAUCUCCCCAUAGAUAUCAAUGGAUGAAUUGCUAUCCAGUAACUUGCCCAUGAUCACAGACGGAUUUUAAAUCUGUAAAACAAAUAUUUUGUAAGUUUAGUAAUGCCAUUUACAACCUUCAAUAGUGAGAAUAUUUCCAAGGCGCUGCUUAAAAUCAGGAUAUAUUUGUCACCUACAAGAAAAUCUAAAAAAGCAAAGCAUUCGUAAAUGAAUGAAAAAGCUAAAUGGGGAAAUGCACAGCAUAUUUUGAGAUUUGUGUGGUUGGAUGAGUUAAUGUGUGGCGGAGGUACAAAAGUCAGAUGUGUGCUAAAAAUGAAUUGUAACACACAAGAAUACAUUGCUUUGUAAAGAUUCAACCAUAAAUCAAACCUGUCAGUCCCCUGCUGAUGCCCCCCCUCCAUACAAAUUCUCAUUCAUGUGUCUGCUAAUGUCCUUGGGGUUAGAACGUUUUAGGCCGAUCAGAAAGGGAAGAGGCUCUUGCAUAAUGAAGUAACCUGAGGGGUCUAGAAACAAAGUGAGAUGGACGGCUCCACGCAAGACAACACAGAGCAUUUAAGACAUACCGAUCAAACAUAACCUAUCUGUCAGGGCGCACAGCGAGCGAUCACAUGGGUUUGUAGAAAAGGAUUUGCAAACGUAGCACUCAUGGCUGAUGGUUCUAUUCAGUGAUUCAAAAAACAGACUAUAUCCAGAAAAAAAAGGGGCAAAACAAUGCUGUCAAUUUAAAAAAAUAAAAUAAAUUAAAAAUAAAUAUUCUAUACCCCUUUUUACUCUUUUGUAAAACCAUUCAUAUCCAGCACUUUACUAACUUCUUAAUUAGCAUUACUCAUGUGAUGGAUACAUUUGUCUUGUAAACAGAGAAAAUAGAACAUUUUGUCACUUGGAAUAGUAUAACUUGUAAGCUAUGCAUUUUGAUAGCAAAUGUAUAGAAUCAGGUUUACUGCAAAGGGAAUCUUGUAAGAUACCAAGAAUGUGACACCAAUGCUUUACUUGGCAUUGUGGGAGCAGGUCAACGUGCAAGGUGUAGAAUAAAUUGCAAUGCCUACCUGUAAUGGACUUGUCUAUAUCCUGAAGGAUCACUGUUCCACUUGAAAUUACUGACCUAUUGUAUCAGGUUGGCUGGUCAAUCUGUGAUACUGUAAAUAUUGGCAGCAAUGACAUGGGAUAAGGUGAUUAAAUGCAUGUUCCAAAUGUAUUCUACUAAAGCAUUCAAUUACAAGGAGUAUACAAUUUUUUUUUUAAUUAUUAAAACACGUAGACCUUCCACAGUUAUCAAAAAGUUGGUUCUUCCUCAAAGAAGCUUAUCGCCAAGAUGUAGUAUCAAACUGUGCUUUUGUAAAUGGGUAUAGGCAGUCUCUUAUGGAAUUAUAACCAUUAAUAUUUUAUUUAGUGCCGAAAUACCCUGCCUUACAGUAUUAAAAUGGGAGUUAGCUUACACUUGACUUUCUGAUGGCUCUUUGCCAAAUAUGUUUUUUUUUUUUUUUAUAUUCUAAGAAUUCCCAAUAAACUUGGUCUAUGCCAAGAGGAACAGGAGAAGGGCUGGUAGAAACCGUGUUCAAAACGCAAACAAAGUGAACGCUAUGUUGUUAAAUCAUAUGACUUGGCAAAACUGUCAAUAUUUCUAGCUAUAUAGCGGGUCUAUAAAUGUCAAACAUCUCCUCCCUGUUCCAAAAUAUUAACAAUGGCUGUAUUGUACCCCAGGCUAUGAAAUUUAAAAGUUCCAUUGUUUUAGCUAGCAAAAAUUCAACAUGUCACAAAAACAUUACUUGUACAUUCUUCCUUCUCAAGCUUUGUGUUCAUGGUGCAGAAGUGCGAUCAGGCAUUUUGCGUUUCUCAAGUGUUCUAAAUAGCCGGUUUCCUGCAGUUGUAAAUUAACAAAACACCUGACCGAGCCUUUUUAAUGCAUGAACAAUUAUAAAUUACAUUGUACGUAGAAUAUAGUGUAGUGACUACCAAUAGAAAAUUUUGUAGGGCAGGCAAAGCCGGGUCACUGAACAUCGAAACAAGUCUCCACUGUUUAGGUAAUCAAGUGUGUUUUUAGAAUGAUACAUUUUUAGUCUGUUAAAAAAAUAAAUUAAAAAAAAAAAAUCUCUCUACCAUCGUAACUCUGUGCAUGUCAUAUCCAUUUAAGAGAUUCUUCUGAUGAUCUUAAAUAAUGCAUUUUGCCAUCAUGUGGAUAAAUUAUUUAAAGUAUGAAAUUGCUCACUGAUCGCUAUAUAUUAUGAAAGCCUCCUGAACAGUGAUCAUUAAGGGGGGCUAGCUGUUUGUAAUCUUGCAGAAUCGAAAAGUUUAAAUUCAUUAUUUAUCAUUGCUGAUUGGGAUGCCAGGUUUCAGCAGUUGCCAACUCAGCUGGAAGGAAAAAUAUAACCUUCCCCCCCCCCUUGCCUUUUAAUAUAAUUUAUUUGUUCAAUUCCUUUGUUGCCAUAGAGUAUUUGUAUAUAACACUCUGGAUAAUGUAUAUUUUUUACUUUCCCAUUUUCUUUUUGCAUUCAUUAAGAGUUGCAUGCUUAAGAAAUGGAUAGAUUUGUGCACUGUGGAAAAGUGUGUUUUUGUUUUUGUGCCAAACCACUUCACCAGAAAAUAAAAUAUCCAGAUUGGCCAAAUUUUGUGCAUGUUGUCAUUCGCUCAUUACAAUAUUGUCUGCCACAAUAGAUCUGGGAGAACGAAUCAGACGAACCAAAAGGGUGUGAAAAUGGGCCAGUGUAGUUUAGCGUUGUGCCUUUUUCUCACAUACAAAAAAUAAAUCAUCCACAGAAGAUAAAAAAAAGUAGAAGUAAUAAAAAAAAAAAAAAAUAUAUAUAUAUAUAUAUAUAUAAUUUUUAAAAAAAAAUUUGCCGCCACAGGCAGAACUCCAAACCUGAUAUUCCAUCAUUUGAUCAGUCUUUAUGGUGUUUUUAGAAAAGAGUUGAUAACCCGAUUGUCCCAAAUUUGGACAAAUUGCAGAUUUGUAACAAAGUCUCCAAGCAUGCAAGUAGAUCAUAUAAACUUUAUGAUGUGUAAUAAUCUGAUCUGAAUAGAACGGAUAUUAUUAAAAUCUGACAAAAUAGCAUUUUCUGUUGACAAUUUAUGGGUUAUUACUAUAAUAAAAUUAGAAUUAAAAAGAGUUCAGAGAAGAGCUACUAAACUGGUUCAUGGAUUGCAGGAUACAACUUACCAGGAAAGGUUAAAGGAUCUUAACAUGCAUAGCUUGGAGGAAAGACGAGACAGGGGGGAUAUGAUGGAAACAUUUAAAUACAUAAAGGGAAUCAACACCGUAAAGGAGGAGACUAUAUUUAAAAUAAGAAAAACUACCACAACAAGAGGACAUAGUCUUAAAUUAGAGGGGCAAAGGUUUAAAAAUAAUGCCAGGAAGUAUUACUUUACUGAGAGGGUAGUGGAUGCAUGGAAUAGCCUUCCAGCUGAAGUGGUAGAGGUUAACACAGUGAAGGAGUUUAAGCAUGCGUGGGAUAGGCAUAAGGCUAUCCUAGCUAUAAGAUAAGGCCAGGGACUAAUGAAAGUAUUUAGAAAAUUGGGCAGACUAGAUGGGCUGAAUGGUUCUUAUCUGCUGUCAUAUUCUAUGUUUUUAGAAUUAGAAGUAAUUUUUUAUAUUCUAUGAUAAAUAGCUGAAAGCUUGCAAUAUUUGGUUACUCAAAAUAAAUAAAAUGGCAUUGUGUGGGUGUACACAGUAUGUAAUGUUUUUGGUUAUUGAUACCAUAGAAGGUAUGGCUAAAAUGCUAAGUGAUCACAGCAAUAGUGACUUUUAAAAAAAUAUAUAUUAAAUUUUUAUUUUUUUUAUCAUUGCAGGAUAAAUUGACUCAAGAGUGUGUGUUCAGAGAGCAAUUCGAAGAAAACUGGUACAACACGUAUUCAUCAAACCUCUAUAAACACGCGGAUACUGGACGUCGAUACUAUGUAGCAUUGAAUAAAGACGGAACGCCAAGAGAAGGGACUAGGACUAAACGCCAUCAAAAAUUUACACAUUUUUUACCUAGACCUGUAGUCCCUGAAAAAGUACCUGAACUUUAUAAAGAUAGUCUAAGCCAAAGUUGA